GUUUUUUUUCUCGCAGACACGAAAUGCCGCACCCGCCGCCAUUAACUUCCAGGCCCGGACCUACGCCGACAAGGCCACACCCACCGAGGUGUCCUCCAUCCUAGAGCAGAGAAUUCGAGGUGUUGCCGAGGAGUCCAACCUCGCUGAGACUGGCCGUGUCUUGUCUGUCGGGUAUGUGGAUCCACCAGGGCGAGAUUUUCCGUCAACGUGACAUCCGAGCUACAAACGUCAACAUCACCUCCACACGCCGAUAAGCCGCAACCACAAUGCCGGCCGAAGGCGCAUUCGCCUUCCUACGCUGAACAUUACCGCCACGGCUAUUAUGUUACGUUCAAUCAUUGAGGGAUAUUUUAUCACUAACACGGGAGUCUAACAGUGAUGGUAUUGCCCGUGUACACGGUAUGGCCAAUGUCCAGGCCGAGGAGCUGGUCGAGUUCGCUUCCGGUGUCAAGGGAAUGUGCAUGAACUUGGAGGCUGGCCAAGUCGGUGUUGUGCUUUUCGGUUCUGAUCGUCUUGUCAAGGAAGGUGAGGUUGUCAAGCGUACCGGUGAAAUCGUUGAUGUGCCCGUCGGCGAGGAGCUUCUCGGACGUGUCAUCGAUGCCCUCGGUAACCCCAUCGACGGCAAGGGACCUAUCAAGACCAAGGAGAGACGUCGUGCUCAAUUGAAGGCUCCUGGUAUCCUGCCCCGUCAGUCCGUCAACCAGCCUGUACAGACUGGUCUUAAGUCUGUCGAUGCUAUGGUUCCCAUUGGCCGUGGCCAGCGUGAGCUUAUCAUUGGUGACCGUCAGACUGGAAAGACCGCUGUCGCUCUAGAUGCCAUGCUUAACCAGAAGCGAUGGAACAGCUCCAACGACGAGACCAAGAAGCUUUACUGUGUCUACGUCGCCGUCGGUCAGAAGCGAUCCACUGUUGCCCAGCUCGUCAAGACUCUUGAAGAGAACGAUGCCAUGAAGUACAGUAUCGUCGUCGCUGCUACUGCUUCCGAGGCUGCUCCUCUUCAGUACCUUGCUCCCUUCACCGGUGCUAGUGUUGGAGAAUGGUUCCGUGACAACGGAAAGCACUCCCUCGUCAUCUACGACGAUUUGUCCAAGCAGGCCGUUGCCUACCGUCAAAUGUCCCUGCUGCUCCGUCGUCCUCCCGGACGUGAGGCUUACCCCGGUGAUGUCUUCUACCUGCACUCCCGUCUCUUGGAGCGUGCUGCCAAGAUGAACAGCAAGCUUGGUGGAGGUUCCAUGACUGCCCUCCCCGUCAUUGAGACCCAGGGUGGUGAUGUCUCUGCUUACAUUCCUACCAACGUCAUUUCCAUCACUGACGGCCAGAUCUUCUUGGAGGCUGAGUUGUUCUACAAGGGUAUCCGACCUGCCAUCAACGUCGGUCUGUCCGUCUCUCGUGUCGGUUCCGCUGCUCAGCUUAAGGCCAUGAAGCAAGUCGCUGGUUCCUUGAAGCUCUUCUUGGCCCAGUACCGUGAGGUCGCUGCCUUCGCCCAGUUCGGUUCUGAUCUUGAUGCUGCCACCAAGCAGACCUUGAACCGUGGUGAGCGUUUGACCGAGCUCUUGAAGCAAAAGCAAUACAGCCCCAUGGCUGUUAACGAGAUGGUUCCUCUUAUCUUCGCCGGUGUCAACGGUUACCUUGAUAACGUCCCCGUUAACAAGAUUCUUACAUGGGAGGCCGAUUUCCUGUCUCACCUGAAGACCAACGAGUCCGAGCUCAUGGCUACUAUUGACAAGGAGGGCUCCAUCAGCAAAGACCUUGAGGCCAAGUUACGGGAUGUUGUCACAAGCUUCACCAAGAGCUUCCUGUCGUAAAGCACCUGAUUUAUAUUAGAGAGGAGACUGGCGGAGGGGCUACUGUCUAUACCUGAGGAUCUUUAGUGGAAUGAUCUUGUUUUGUUAGAGGCGGCGAAUGCUGGAUGGUGCUGAAUACCGAGGAUCCGGGCUAGAAGUGGAUAGAUUCCCAGUUCCAGCCCUUGUAAAUUAGAGCCAAAAACUCAAAGAGCACCUGAUUCCUUUUGUCUUGUUAAGUUGGAUCAUGAAAAAAAGUGUUAAACUGUGUCUUGCUGCCUGAUUGCCUGAUUGUGUUCACUAUUCGUCC